UCCGGCAACUCAGCUGGACCGAAACCCGCGCGGAGCGUCUCAGGCCCGAUCCUUCUCGGGACCGCUGGGCGCCGAGACCCGCGAGGUGAGGCGGCCCUGUCUGCGAGGCCAGUUCGGGGCCGAGGGGUCCCGGCAUCUCCUGCCUGCCGCGGCCGCGCCGCUCUCUCCCUAAACCUGUCUCUGCUUCGCCUUGUCCCUGGCUGCAGGGUCGCCAACACUCCAGCGCCUACUAAUUGCAGGUUCUGCGCUAAGCGCCKUAUACGCACUGACUCACCUAAUGGCCCCCACACUGUGUGCGUGGGCAUCAUUAUGAACCCAUUUUACAGAUGAGGAAGCUGAGGCCCCGAAGAGUGUACACACAGCAGAGAAGCAACAGAAUCGGAAAUCAAACCCAGACCUCUGUAAAUUUUCUUCCACAUAGUUGGGAGAAGACCCACGGGCUGAAUGGCAGCUGUGGAUGACUUGCAGUUUGAAGAAUUUGGUGAUGCAGCCACUGCUCUAGUAGCAAACACAGAUGCUACCACAAUAAGCAUUGAGGAUCCUGAUGAAACCCCGAAGCAUCAACUAGGCCCUCCAAGAGGCUCAGGGAGAGAAGAGGAUGAUGAAUUACUGGGAAAUGAUGACUCUGACAAAACUGAGCUACUUGCUGGACAGAAGAAAAGCUCUCCCUUCUGGACAUUUGAAUACUAUCAAACAUUCUUUGAUGUGGACACUUACCAGGUCUUUGACAGAAUAAAAGGGUCUCUUUUGCCAAUACCUGGAAAAAACUUCGUGAGGUUAUAUAUCCGCAGCAAUCCAGAUCUCUAUGGCCCCUUUUGGAUAUGUGCCACAUUGGUCUUUGCCAUAGCAAUUAGUGGGAAUCUUUCCAACUUCUUAAUCCAUCUGGGAGAGAAGACAUACCAUUAUGUGCCCGAAUUCCGAAAAGUGUCCAUAGCAGCUACCAUCAUCUAUGCCUAUGCGUGGCUGGUUCCUCUCGCCCUCUGGGGUUUCCUUGUGUGGAGAAACAGCAAAGUUAUGAACAUCGUUUCCUAUUCAUUUCUGGAGAUUGUGUGUGUCUAUGGCUAUUCGCUCUUCAUUUAUAUUCCCACAGCAAUACUGUGGAUUAUCCCUCAGAAAGCUGUUCGUUGGAUUCUAGUCAUGAUUGCCCUGGCCAUCUCAGGAUCUGUCUUGGCAAUGACGUUUUGGCCAGCUGUUCGUGAGGAUAACCGGCGCAUUGCAUUGGCCACAAUUGUGAYGAUUGUGUUGCUUCAUAUGCUUCUUUCUGUGGGCUGCUUGGCAUACUUUUUUGAUGCACCAGAGAUGGACCAUCUUCCACCAGCUACAGCUACUCCAAACCAAACAGUUGCAGCAGCCAAGUCCAGCUAGCAAGGAAAAAGGAUCCACUUCAGAUACCCUCUCCUCAAGGUUCUCUUUGUUUUUGGGAGCAUGGUUCUUCUGGACAUGGCCUCCGUGGCAGGAAUGCAGAAUGGUCAAGGCUGGCAGGAGACUGAUAGAUGGUGCCAUACUGGAUGAAACCUCAUCACCUGUUUAAUAAACAAAAAUUAAAAUAUUACUCUGAGGGUGUAACUCAGUGCCAGAAAGCUUGCCUGGCAUGUGUGAGGCUCUGGGUUUGAUCUCCAGCACCAUUAAAAAAAAAAAAAACCCACAAAAAUUAAAUGUUGUUGAGCAGAUGUGUCUUUAAGCCCUUCUUUUCCACCCAUCAAUCACUGCUGUGACUGUGUGCUGAUUGGCAAUGAAAUGGGAGGGGAUAGGUUAGGCAUGCUCAGAUGCCUUCCUGUUCGCCUCCCAGUCAGAUGAUGUGCUUCACUGGAGRCCACCCCUAACACCUGAGAUACAUCUUUCCUAACUUCUACAGUACUUUCUCUGAGUUAUGUACAAUUAUCUGGGUGAUCCUACUUGCUCCAAAUGCUUGCUACGCUUAAUUAGCCGAACAGUAUGAUUUUGGGUUGGGAUUAAUUGGGAACUUGGAAAAUUGUCUUGUUAACUUGAUAUUGGGCAACUGAACCUAAUGGUUGCAAAAUA